AUGAUGAGGCAGGCGAUUAGGUAUUCAACUAUACACAUUCCAUUUGAGGCGUCGUUCCAGGCUGAUGCAGGUCAGGAGUGAGUUAGUCGGAAGGGAUGUACACGGGUAUGGGGCUGCUUUUCCACACAAAGAGGCUGAAUGAAGACACGACUUGAUCCAUAAUAAACACACAACGAGCUUUAUCUAUUGGCGAGGCCCCGGCAGACAUGGGUUUGUUUUGAUCAGCAGAAAGGGGAGGGUCGUCCUCUCUGACGUCACCCCCCCCCUCCCCCUCCUCCUCCUCCUCCUCCUCUCCGCGUCUCGUCCAGUGUCUGUGAAGCGGACCACCACCUGGCUGUUUACCGAGCCCCGCCGCAGUCAGCCAUGGCGGCGCCGCUGGCCCACUUCGACGAGGACUGGCAGGACUUCAACGAAUUCAAGCCGGCGUCGGCGUCGGCGUCGGCCGACCGCCUGGACCUGCUCAACUGCAACGUGGGCGACUCGUCGUCGGGCCUCGACGACUUGUCCGACCUGGACAACAGUUUCUCGGGGGAGAUCUGCAGCUUCAGGUCGAUGGAGGACCUCGUCCACGACUUCGACGAGAAGCUGACCGUGUGCUUCCGGAACUACAGCGCGGCGACGGAGAACAUCGCCCCCGUCAGGCCCAUCUCCGAGGACGGCUGCCUGAAGGACGACGAAGUGUGGAACUCUCUGACAGAUAACUAUGGCAACGUGAUGCCUGUGGACUGGAAGACAUCGCACACUCGCUCCCUACACCUGCCCACCCUCAACCUCACAGAGCACGAGAAGUUGGACAACCAGUCUCUCGAUCUGUCUGACGACGAGGAGCUGAGGGAGCAGAUGGACAUGCACUCGAUCAUCGUCUCCUGCAUCAGCGACGAGCCGCUCUUCACGGCUGAACAGGUGAUAGAGGAGAUAGAAGAGAUGAUGCAGGAGUCUCCAGACCCGGAAGACGACGAGAGUCCCUCUCAGUCGGAAAUGUCCAUGCUCUCUCAGGACCUCCACGCUCUGAAACGCUCCGCCUCCAACACCAGCUACGAGGACCGGCUGCGUCAGCUGUCCGUGUCUGAACUGACCGAGACUCUGGAGGAAGUGGAAACAUCCAUUCGCCGCUACAGUGAAGAGCUGAUCCAGGCUCUGGCCCUGCGAGAUGAACUGGAGUAUGAGAAGGAGGUGAAGAAUAGCUUCAUCUCGCUGCUGAUCGACGUGCAGAACAGACAGAAGGAGCACCGCGAGCUGCUGCGCAAGAAGAAGAAGAUCAGGAGCACGACGACAACCGCGCCCAACGGCCAGAGGACAGUCAGCACGCACAUACCUGGCACACUCCUCACUUUGGAGGGACUCUCCAAUGUCAUUCAAAAUGGUCUCCGUCAAACUUUUGGCAACACAGGAGGGGACAAACAGUACCUGACCACGGUUAUCCCUUAUGAGAAGAACGCCGGCUCCACGUCAGUAGAAGACCUCCAGAUCCUCACAAAGAUCCUCCACGCCAUGAGGGACGACAGCGAGAGGGUACCUGCCCUGCUCACAGACUACAUUCUCAAAGGUAAACGCACUUAUUACACUUUGCCCUCAGAGAGAAAAUAUUCUGGCAACUUCAGUCGCCGUGAGAUGGUUUGUGACACGUAUUUCAAGGCCUGUGUGUGACGCGUCCUUCUGGCAACACUGAGAAAAUAGUAACACUCAACAGAGAAGUUAAUUAAAGGGAGUAAAGACAGAAAUUGUUUUUCUUGCCACACUGUUGACCAUGUACCUUCCUUGUCUUUUGUCUGUGCUGCACUGUCCUUUGGGUAGCUCUGGUAUGAGAGCAGAGGAAACUGAGGUUUGUGAGGCAAUGACACACUAACACAGUUUCUUCACCUUCAGCCUUCAUCUUUCAAACCGUUUUUCUCUCUCUCUCCGCGUAGUAGCACUUUCUCUCUCUCCACCCGCCUCCCCAAAGCAGCAGCCCCUCCCUCACCUGCUCUUUUGCCGUAGCGCCCGUCGCACUGUGCAGUGCUUUUCGACUGUGCGGCACCUUCCCCUCAAAACACCUGAACACACUCACACACAUGACUCCCCCCUAACUGCGAGCUUGUAGCUGCUCAUGUUUGCUUCUCAUCCCCCCCCACACACACACACACACUUCUCCCUGUGGUAGGUGCUCUUCCAUCCUUUACCUCGCUGCUCUCACAGAACAACAUCGCUGAUGAACUAAUCUGUUCUCUGUCUCCACAGUUCUUUGUCCCACGUAAAGUCGAAAGGGCGAAGUCUCACCUGUCCAGGACCUUCAUCUGGACUUCAUAUGGUAAUCUGGAAGAAUCCAGAUGAUGGAUUAAAAUCCAAUCCCUCCUCCUAAUUUUUCACAACAUAGACUUUCUUUCCUUGUGGCAUUUUUUUUUUACUCUGCCACUGUUGAUUUUAACUCUAGAUAUAACCUGGUCUGUAAAGUUAUUUUUAUUUGUAAUCUUUUAACUUUUUAUUGCCUGAGUUCUUCAAACUUCUAUUUCCUGACCGCACGAUGACUAUGUCUGUGGAUGCCAGUAAUCAGUAUUAGUCUGAACACCUCACUUCCUGAUUUGCCAGUGGCUCUUGAAAAUGAUUACGGGUCAGGGAAAUACAUUUUUUUUUUGUGAUUCUGUGGGUUUCAUCAGCAGGCUGUGUGAGAGAAAUGCAGUUUAAUCUGUUUUGUACAUUGAAUUCAUUUGCAUCUAUGUAGUUCAUGCCUGACAGGGAAACAAAUCUCCGGAUCUUAAAGUGCCAGGCAAGUAUUAAGUAUAAAUCCUGUUUUUCCUGUUUCCUGUUCCUGAAACCUUGGCUUUAAUAAGCUUGGUUGAUUGAUUGCAUUUCAUUUUGUCAGCUUAAAAAGGAGGAAACCCCUUUAAUUUAAAAAUCCCCAAAAUCCUAGCAUAUUCGUUUUUAGAUUAACGCUCAAUAUUAGCUCUUAGUUGAAUGUUGAAAUGAAAUAUUUUGUAUACGAUCAAGUGAAAUUGCACAGUUUUGGGAAUGUUUUGCUUUUUGGAAAAGGGAAAAGAAGAAAGUGAAUUGACUUAGGAAAGUAAAAGCUGGAGGAACAAACACAAAGCAUAUAUUUGUAUAUGGAGUCUUUGUUUUUCUGUGAGAUUAGGGACAUUUACGUCACCACGUUGCAACAUCAUUAUGUAAAUGCUGUCCGUUGACCUCUGAGCCCUCAUGUAGUGACCCCAUCCCCGACAACAUCUGUCACCUCCCCAGGAGUCGUCAUCACGAGUCUGCAAACUCCUUGUGUAUUCCUUAUUUGCAUCAGUAGAAAAACGACCCAUCUGGUUGUAUUGUCGGAUAAAUAGUGUAGUUAAGGUUAUGUCUGAUUUGAUAAUUGUGUAGUUAAGCUUUCUAUUGUUAUAGGUUGUGGGGGUUCUCUUCUCUGUUAACCCUUUAACUGUUGUGUACAUUUUUAGGGAUUGUUAUGGUAGCACUUUAGUCUUUCAGUGAUCCGGUCAUGUGAUGGUGGAAUAUGUGACAGCUGCACUUUGGAGUCCGUCACACUAGAUUUGUGUUAGAUGAAGCUUAGGAACGUAAGCUAGCGGUACAGAUAAACCUGUUCCGUGGCAUUUUUGUUGUCAUGCAUCCCGUUCCGUCUUUUCACCUUAGCAAUCAUCACGAGCAUGAGAAUUCAAACAGCCUUUAAGGGGGGCUCCAAUGAUUUAUUUUUAAUUUUUUAACAUUUUUAUACACACUGCCACCACUUUGCACAUCGUAAGGAGCACUACUCAGCCUGUAAAAAAGCUUUGUCUAGGUUGAGACAAUAUUUUUAUUGCUUAUAAAGUGUCUCAGCUCGAGACUUCAAAUUUCGAAUAACUCAGGAGUUUGAAAGAUGUCAGUCGGUGUUCAAAUGACAGUCCUCAAUAACGGUACCAGAGACUCACUGACUGAACUCGGCGGGUCUAACAAAAACAUGCCAUCAGGUUGCUUUGUGGGAAAUGUAGGAUCCGUACCAGGGGCUAAAAAAACCUGCAGUUUUGACAACUCUGUUAUUAAUGCGCGUCCUACCACUCACCUUCUCGUCUCCCAGCUUUAUGGCAGUGCGAUAUUAAAUCACUGGAGCUCCCCUUUAAAAGCCACACAACACCAAUCUAGCACAUCACAGCACCAGCGAGUCAGCACACUAACGUUCAGAUCACCAGCUACUACAGGGGAACCACACACUGUCGGAUCAGGUCGAGUUGUCAGGUACAAUCAUCGCUGUCAGACGUUUAACAUCUUGUUUUGAAAAAGGGCACUUGACAUUCCUGAGUCUCUGUUUCUGACGACACUAAACAGCUCGACUACAACCUGCCGCGGUUUGAUCUUCCCACACUCUGAAUCUCACACUAAAUACCUGGACAAGCAGAGGGAGGCGGUCACAGUAGCCUCUCGAGUACAUCAGGGUAGCAUUACACAUGUUGGACAUGUCAGGGUUUUUUCAAACACACAAACGCCCCAGACUCUGCUUAGUAGUAAUAGUAGAAGGGGAAUUUAGCAGUUUAAUGGCACGUGAUAUCCUCUCAGUAGCAUCCGCUCAGCGUAGCUCCCUAGUGGUUAUAACUUAGAUGCAGUUGUCGUGUAAAGAGGAAGAAAAGGGUCGAGAUAACGAUUGUGAACGUUGGGGUACGUCGCACAAAGGGUCGCCAUUUAUUCUUUUGUGAAGGAUGACAAAAGCUCCUCGUGCUGUAUUUAACUAUCUUUAUGUACUGAUGCCAGCUUUGGAAGCGUUCACAGCCUAGCAACGUGCUGCAUGCACUUUACUGCUGCAAACACAUUUUUAAUUCUGAAAAAAAAUAUUCUGCUAACGUAUAUAUUUAUAUCACACUAUAAAAGGACUGUGAAAAACUUGAAUUCAUUUGAUUCACGAGCAAUUUUAAGAAAACAUCCCUCAGCUGAUCGUAAUCUGGUGAAUCAUAAGUUUACGAGAAAACGGUUUUGACUCCGAUUUGUGUGAAUUGAUCUUUUGUUUAAUCGUGAAACGUCAGUCAGUGCGGAGAUCGCUGCGGGAUCUCAUCUCAGGCCAUAGCCGCUCAUUAGGCCUCUUCUUAGCAGACAUAUCAGUGUAACUACAAUUUAGAGAUUUAUAUUUAUAUAUGCACGACAGAACAAGCAAACAAAAUAAAAGGAGGCUGCCUUUGUAAAUGCCUGAAACCUUUUUGUACUUUCAACUAGUUACUUCUUUUUUUUUAAUUGCAAUAUAAUUCCCCAAUUGGGGGUUUUAUGUUUACUGUCUCAUGUGGUACUGCAGUAUAUUAAUUUAUUAUGUAAAUGUUCCUUUUGUAACCAUAUUAUUGACUGUAAAUGGUACAAGUGUUUGUGCCCACAUUGCAUUGCAACUCAUUUCAAAUAAAUUAAUAUGUUAAGGCUCAAA